AGAAUGACAAAGGGAAAGCCCCACUAUAUCUCAACAGUGUCAAAAUCAGCUCACCAAUCGAAAUAAUUAGUUAUUAACAUUCCAUCAUCCUAGAUUCUUUUUUCACCGCGCAAAACCCACACAACUGUUUUAGCCAAGCUUGUGGCGUGUUUGGAAAAGGACACUCAACGUAUUGUUGUCUACCGAUGCUGUAAACUCAUAAAGCCGAUUCCAUUGUCAGUGGAAAGAAAACAACUUCGUUCAGCCGGGAAAGAUGGCUGACCGUCAGAAACAAGCUGAUAAAGAGCUGACACAGCCAUUGCUGUCUAGCGACGAAGAUCCUUACGAUGCUUUACCAGUGUUUAUUGGCUCCACUGGAAGCGAUGAUUUUCGCGGCGGGGCAGAAGUUCGGUUCAUAACCUUGGAAAACAAACCGGUGUUUGACAAAGUGCAAUCACGAAGUGGAAACGUAGCGAAACAGCGCGUUCACGAUGGAGUCAUCCAGAUGGAGGCAAUUUCUCCGGUGGGUCAGAUCCUAAGCAUUAGAACAUGGGUAUUUCGAGAGCCAAACGCCGCGCAACUCCACAAAGACAAAAACGGACCGGUGGAACUUCAAGUUACAUAUGGACAACACAAUAUAGAAAAGCAAUUCUUCUCAGUGAACCUGGACUCAGUUUACGAUGGCCCCAUCGCACCAGUGUACGAACUGGCCAAAGUAGAAAUGGACAAGAGGAAUCUUUUUCAACUAAUAGUUGAGCUGUCUUUUCACAAUGGAGCAGGAGAAGAGUCACAGUCUUUUUAUAGUAAGCCAUUCUUGAUCAGGAGCAGGCCCAGAAAUAAUCCCAGCAAGGCAAAGCCUGGGAUGAAAAGGCCGAGAAUCGUUCCAGACAGCACAGGAGAAGAAGAAGAAGAAGGAGAAGACUCACCUGUUCAUUUCAGUCCAGACAGUUCUGUUAGCAUGACAGGAGGAUCGGUCGAGUUUCAAAAUCUACGAGUAAUUGACCACUUGGAAGCCAAGCGUGCGCACAUCGAACACCUGUCGUUUGUAGUCUCUAAUGCAGGUGCGAGGAAGGCCGACAUUGGAUAUCACUUCAAACUAAAAGAUCCUGACCUGUGUGAAGACUUUGAAGAAGGAGAUGUGGUCGGCUUCUUUAAAGGUGACGAUGGGAGAGCAUCCAUACAGCUGCUGAACAACAAAAAUGGAAAAGAUGCCGUCAUGGCGGGCGUCGUAAGCCGAUCAGCGUACCUUGAAGCCACACCUUCUAUUAGUGAAGACGAUCCCACUGAUGUUGUUUGCGUUAUCGGAGUCAUCAAAGUGAAGUGUGUGGGUUCUGUCCGGGCGGGAGAACGACUUUACGCUUCUGUGGACUUGGACAAUCCUGGAACAGCCAUCCCAGAGUCCCAUCUGCCUCCCAGUGUGCUCCUCGGCAAAACAAGUACAUUACUUGGCAUGGCAAUGGAAGAAAAGAAAGCCUCCAAGCUGGAUGAUGUACAUUUGGUUCAGUGCUUUGUGUGCAUAGUGCUGGGAGUGUGUGAUAAAGAAAUUGCAUCGGAAAUAGAAAGCAUGUACUACCACUUUGAGAUGGAUUUGGCUAUUAGACUGCGAAGAGAGAGGAAGAAGACUAGAAGACUGAUGUGCGUGAUGGGGUGGGGCUUCGUCAUUCUGCUCAUUUUGGUUGCUGUUUUUAUGUACGAGUACUUGUAUCCGGGAAGUGCAUUACGAUACUGGAUAUGCAAACAGGGAUCCAUUCCAGGUCACAGGGCUUCAUUUAGAUAUAUUCCCGCGUCCCAAAUACAUCAGCGUUGUGAUGCCCGUGGUAUUGAAUUCACUUGGGAUGGACUUGAACAAAAAAUGUCGCCGCAUUUGGACGGUAUUCCUCCGCUAAAUUCUACAGCUGUACCUGGUGAGCACCAUUACUAUCUAAACUGGGAUCGAUGCGCUUAUGGUGGAGCGAACAAGCUGUCUGCUCAAGUCCAGGGAAUUUCUAACAACAAACAGAUUUGCGGGCCGAUUAUCUUUGCCAUAAAUUUUAACUGCUCCAUUGUUUAUUACUACCAGGAUAAGCCUGACGAUGGCUGGAAGAAUUAUACGUCGGUAGAAAACAAAGAUCUGCGAGAUUAUCUUAAAUGUAUACCUGCAGAGGAAUUUAAAAUAUUCGCUGAAACGGUAGCAGAGUUUUUCAAUUCCACUGAAAGCGAGGUUUUCCAAGACAAACCAGACGUUCGCUUCGUCACUCUGGAAAAAAAGGACGUGUUUGAUAAAAUAGAAUCACGAAAAGGAGGAAGAGCAAGACAGCGCGUGGAAGAUGGUGUCAUCCAAAUGGAGGCUUGGUCUCCCGUGAAAAUCCUCGAUAUCACCUCUAUACGUGUUUGGGUAAUGCGUGAAAAACAAGCUGCUGAACUUUGCAACGACAGGAAUGGACCAGUAAGUUUGCCAGUUAAGUUUGAGGGACAUAAAGGCGCAAGGCAAUUAUUCUCAGUUGAUCUGGAUUCUAAAUACGAUGGCCCGAACCCCUGGAGUCCUCCAUUGUAUAAAUUGGAAAAAGGAGACAUGAAGAAGAAAAACGUUUUUCAGCUUUUGGUGGAGCUGCCCGCACAGUCUGGAGAGACUCAAGAGUUCUAUAGUAAACCAUUCCUGCUAAGAAGUAAACCUAAAACUGGCCAACCUAAGAAGAGGAAAUCCAGUGAAGAUUCAUCUUCAGUGGAAUCCAGUUCAGAAGGCUCAACCCCAAAGAAAGUUCCUAGUUCCUUUCAAAACCUUCGGGUGAUUGAACACUUGGAAGCGAAAAGUGCUUACAUUGGAAGUUUAAAAUAUGACAACUUGACAGUAAAUGAAGGAAGAGCCGAUAUUGGAUAUCACUUUAAGGUGAAGGAUCCUAAUUUGUACAAAGAAUUUGAGGAAGGUGAUGUGCUUGGGUUCUUCAAAAGUGACGAUGGAACAGCAUGCGUACAGCUUUUAGACAGCCAAAAUGGAAAGCAAGCUUUCAUGGCAGGAGUCAUCAGCCGGUCAGCCUACCUAGAGGCCACUCCGGCCAUAAGUCAAAACGAUCCCACUGAUGUUAUUUGCGUAAUUGGAAUUAUCAAAGUAAAGUGUAUGGGAUCUGUCCGGGCUGGAGAACGAAUUUAUACUAAUGUGAGCCCAGAUCAUCCUGGCACUGCUAUCCCAGAGUCCCAUUUGCCUCCGUGUGUGAUCUUGGGUGGCGGCAGUGUUCUAUUGGGGAUGUCAAUGGAAGAAAAGGAAGCAUCUAAGCUCAAUGACAUUAACUUGGUUCAGAGUUUUGUGUGCAUGGUUCUUGGAGUGAGCGAUAAAGAAAUCAAAUCAGAAAUAGGAAACAUGUAUAAUCGAUUCGACGUGGAAGUGGCUACAAAGCUGCGAAAAGAGAGAAGAAAGGCGAGCCGAAUGCGGCGCAUGAUUGUGUGUGGCCUUUUAACUGCGCUUGCGUUAACCGCUUUCUGGAUGUACCAAUUCUUAUAUCCGGGAAGUGCUUUACGAUAUUGGAUAUGCGAGCAUGGUUCCUUAGGAGAUUCCAAAUGCAAUUUCACAUUUAUUCCCGAACGUGACACGGCACAGCGUUGCACAACAAUUGGCCUUGAAUUUACGUGGGAUAGACUUAAAGAGAGAAUGAAGCCGCAUUUGGAUGACAUUCCCGAAUUGGAUUCAAAGAGAGUGCCUGGAAAGCACCAUUACUAUCUAAAUGUGGAUCGCUGUGCCUAUGGCGGAGUAAUCAAGCUAUCCGCUCCAGUUUCCGGCAUUUCGAACAACGAACAGAUUUGUGGUCCAAUUAUUUUCGUUGUAAACAGUAACUGCUCUGCUGUUUAUUUCUAUCAAGAUAAGCCCCACGCAGGUUGGAAAAUAUACCAGUCAGUUAAGCAUUAUGAAUAUUUACGCCAAAAACUACAUUGCACACGCUCAGAAGUCUCCAGAGAAUGAGCUAUCUAAAUAGAGGGCGAUUACUAAAGAUUCCUUUGUCGGGGGCAAAUCAUUAGAAGCUUGAACAAGUUUACUGCUUCUAAGAUUGGAAAGCAAAUUUUUCUAAUUUUUUUUGCAACGGGUCUCUAACGAGUUCCUUGGAUUUUAAACAUAGCCAGCUUCAACGUCAAUGCCAUUUUAUCCUGAAAAGGUUCUCUGUUAUAAACUAAUUAAGUGACAUGUUUUCUUAUGAUCACGAAUGAUAAUUUUAUGUAAAGUAGAAACAAGCCUAUAGAAAUUAGCUGGCGUAUAUUUUAGAAAGUAUUAUACCAGUUGAAUGAAUUUCAAAGGUAUUUAUACAGUUUAAAAAAAAAAAGAAUCCUAGAAACUUUGAGAAACUUUAAUAAAUGGUUUAGAAAAUUUGAACCCACCUUUGAUUUCCGCAGCUGCUUGUAUUGGGUCAUUUGGAUUUUGUACCAUAAUAUGGUCAUCAGCACUGGUCUGCAAGUAUUGAUAAUGCAAGUUACCUUGUUAGUUAAUUUUUCAAAUACUUCCUAUAUACUAAACUGAGUAAAAGAGGCUUUUCUGUCAAAAA